AUGCGGCCCCGCGUAACACGAGCACAACUGGAUACCAUGAAUCGUAAUUUCUACAUACCGAGCCCAUGGAUUCUCGGCGACGCAGAAUUAUUGAGUCUAUACCAUUUCAACCCAAGCAAAGCCUGCCUCGACAAGCUCGAUGAAAUAGGCUUGCGUAAGUUCUAUGCUUUGGUUCAACGCGACCCAUCAUUCUACAAGUUCAUGAAAGAGGUUGUGGGGAUCCGACCUGGUACUCCAAUAAUGCUCGAGUAUUGGCUCAUGAAGAAUAUGGUUGCAGAAGUACGCGAGAAGGUCUACGGUGAACCGAAAUCGGAUAUAGGGAAUCUCACUACCGAGGAUAUGCUUGAGCUCUCGACCAGGAAGGUGACGGAUACUCACCUUGCAAAGCUCGAAAGUAUGGACGACGAGGACUUCUCUGUGUAUAUGGAAGACACGAACUUUAACAAGUUCUUAUCCCAAGUCUUGAGGAUCAGGCCAGGGUUCCCUCAUCAUCGUGUGAUGGGCGCAGUCAAGCUUUGGGCCCGACAGGUCGCGGAUGGAUUUCUGAGGGUCUAA